CCCUUCCGCCUGCGUCAGCCGGGCGCGGCCGCCAUGGAGGCGGUGCCGCCGCUCUUCUGCUUCGGUGUCAUCGCGGACAUCCAGUACGCGGACGCGGAGGAUGGGUACGAUUUCGGAGGGUGCCGGCGCCGGUACUACCGGCAGAGCCUUAACCUGCUGCGGGCCGCGGUGGAAGCGUGGGCCACUGAGAAGCCGCCGCUCGCCUUCGUGCUGCAGCUGGGUGACAGCAUCGACGGCCUCAACGCCCGCAGCGGCCAGUCCGAGCGUGCCCUGGAGCAGGUGCUGGCAGCGCUGGGGCGGCUGCCGGUGCCGGUGCAUCACGCGUGGGGCAACCACGAGUUGUACAACUUCAGCCGGGCCCGCCUGGUGCGCACCGGCCUCAACAGCCGCUGCUGCGGGGCCGCGGCCGGGCCCCCCGCCAGCGACUGCCAGGCCUAUCACUUCAGCCCGGCCGCGCCGUUCCGCGUGGUCGUGCUCGACGGCUACGACCUGAGCACGCUGGGCAGGGAGCCCGGCAGCCCCCGCUACCAGGAGUCCCUGCGGCUGCUGCGGAAGAAGAACCUCAACGACAACCUCAACGACCCUACAGGGCUUCAAGAACCUCAGUUUGUAGAGUUUAACGGAGGAUUUAGCCAAGCCCAGCUGGACUGGUUCAAUGAAGUCCUCAAGUUCUCCGAUGAAAACCAAGAAAAAGUCAUAGUUACGGGUCAUCUGCCCAUUCAUCCAGAUGCCUCAGACAGAGUUUGCAUUGCCUGGAAUUACAAAGAUGCCCUUUCGGUCAUACACUCCCAUCAGUGCGUGGUCUGCUUUCUUGCAGGGCACGUGCACGAUGGUGGCUAUUGUUUAGACUCUCAUGGAGUUCACCAUCUGACUUUGGAGGGGGUUAUUGAAACUCCACCAGAAAGCAAUGCCUUUGGGACUAUUUAUGUCUAUAAAGAUAAAAUGAUACUAAAGGGAAGGGGCAGAGUUUCAGACAGAGUUAUGCAUUUCUGAAAACAGUGAGCAAAUAUAAAUUGCUCUUCUUCAGGAAGUACUUGAAUAAAAAAUAAGGAUUCAGCUUAUUAUUUGCUUGUGGAAAGAUGUGAAUGGCUGAUCCUUAUAUGUUUAUUUAAUUAAACAUAUAAACUUAUUUAAUUCAAACAUUUUUCUCUUGGAUACUCAAUUUUAGAAAUUAUGUUUCUGUAAGAAAACAGACCUAAUUUCUUCAUGGAGAAUAGAGAAGGCCAGUAACCAUAUUUGAAAUAAAUAUACUUGAAUGCAUAAUGUUGACCUGAAACAUGCUGAAUGUUGACCUGAAACACCCAUUCCUGACUAGAUUAGUAUGUACUGUGAAAAAAAUGAACCCUACAUUAUGAAUAUUGUCCAAAAAAAAAAAAAAGCCACUUUUUUUGUAUCAGUCAGAAUUAAAGCAUGCAGAAUUGUACCUGC